AUGUCCGAGUAUGAAAUGACAGGAACAACAAUUGUUGCUAUGAAAUUUGAUGGUGGUGUAAUUAUGGCAGCGGAUUCGCGGACAUCAAUGGGAGCCUAUGUGAUGAAUCGCGUGACAAACAAGCUCACCAAGCUGUCACCUAGGAUAUACUGCUGCAGAUCAGGAAGAUCGUCACAUACACAGAUUAUUGCGGAGUACACGUCGAGCAAAACGAACUUGUUCGCAUAUUCAAACGAAAGAGAGCCUCUUGUACGUGAUGCGGCGAACUUAGUGCGCGCACUUGUUUAUUACAAUCCCAUGCUUACUGCCUCUAUCAUUGUGGCCGGCUACGAUGAAGAAGAGAAGGGAAGUAUUUACAGUGUUAACUUAGGGGGAACGCUCCUUAAAAGAGAAUGGGCAAUGGGGGGUAGCGGUUCGAUCUUCAUAUACGGUUAUUGUGACAGUAUGUACAGGUCUGAUAUGUCAUUUGACGAGAAGUUUGAAUUGACCAAGAAAUUGGUUCAGCUGGCUAUUAAUAGGGACAACUCUUCAGGUGGGUGUAUAAGAAUGGCAGUAAUACGAAAGGAAGGAGUGGAGAACAUUUUUAUACCAGGUAAUGAAGUUUAAAAAUGAAUAAAUGGGUGUUUUAGCACAA